UUUUUAUACAGUCCUACUUACUACCUGGGUAGAUAAUACCCAGACCCCUCCCUAUUCCUGUUGACCAGAAUCGCAAGGAAGACAAGAUCUUCAUUCAACGUCCCUCUUCCCUCUUCUAGUGUUGACAACAAGGAACCUUGGCGCUGUCGAGUCGCUAUUGUUACCCGACACAUUACCCACAACCUCAGCAAUAACAGCAGCACACAUUCGUCUGAUAUAUUGCCUACCCUACCAUGUACCACCAAGACACGUACCGGAACCAUAAGAAGAGGCUCUACCUCGAACCUCCGGCGCACGGGAUUUCUGAAGUUCGGACGAGAAUCACCACCAUUGUCCCAGCCCCGCCCCCGCCUCCACCCGUCGUGAUCGAGAAGCCGGAGCCCCCACCGCCCCCACCCGUGGUAGUCCUGCCGCCGCCACCGCCGCCCAAGCCCGUCGAGGAACCCGACUUUAUCGACGUGAUCGCCGUCGACAUAGACCCCUCGGAGAAGAAGAAGAAAAAGAAGAAGCACCGGAGCCGCAGCCACAGCCACAGCCGCUACAGCCGCGACGUCAUCAUCGAGCGCGAAGUGCUUGUACCUAUGCCCGUGCGCGUGCCCGUCCCCGUCCCUGUCCGUCAGGAGCUCGAGACCUACCGCUACGUCGAAGGCCCCCGCCCCCAGCCAAGGCGCUGGAGGAGCCCGAGCCCGAGCCCGAGCCCGCCCCGCAGGCGCAGCCCCUCGCCGCCGCUGCGCCGCCGCCCGAGCAGCGUCGAUCGCGAGAGAAUCAACAUCACCAUCGAGGACCGCCAUUGCGACAGGGAGUACGACUAUUACCGGAGAUGAGUCAUGUGUAAUGCAGUACCACGUCGACUCGUUCAGGGGUAUUCACCUGGGAGUUAUGAUUUGAUAGGUGGCUUAUGUUUAAUCCUUCUUUUUUCUUUUUCUUUUGUGUUCAGUUAGGUAUAUUAUGAAAUUUUAGUUAUCAGGCUAUAUAUCGGACUUUAGAAAUCUGCAGGGUGUAGGUGUUUAGGAAGGCAAUGCGAGGAUCAGACCAGCGUAUGCUUGUUUGUUUAUCUAUUGUCUUUUAGUUUUAUGUCAUGCUGAGUAACUAUUUACAGCAAUUUACUUAAUACAUGAUCAACGUUCUCUCAGCAACCGGUUCUGUACAGCAUCAGCUGGGAC